AUGGGGCAGCCAUUCAAGGAAGUAUGUGGGCGAACGCUGUCGCUGCAAAUGGGAGAACGAAUCUGUAAUCAGAAAGAUCCAUCCAAAGCCACUCUGGCUGCGGAAGUACGAAUGCAAAGCAAGCUUGAUUGUUGGAAGAUAGGGGGUAGUUCUUACACUUUCCUUCUCUUCCCAGCUGCCUUUGAUGAUGAUAACAUCAUAGGGGGCGCCACCUGUGCCAAGAACUCUGUCCCCUACAUCGUCUCCCUGAACUCUGGGUACCAUUUCUGUGGGGGGUCCCUGAUCACUAACCAGUGGGUCGUGUCUGCCGCUCACUGCUACAAAACUUCCUUCUCUGCCGCUGGUACCAGCUGCCUGAUCUCUGGCUGGGGCAACACUCUCAGCAAUGGCAGCAAUUAUCCGGAUCUCCUGCAGUGCCUGAAUGCCCCCAUCCUGACUGAUGCCCAGUGUAACAGUGCCUACCCAGGGGAGAUCACCGCUAACAUGAUCUGUGUUGGCUAUAUGGAAGGUGGCAAGGAUUCCUGCCAGGGUGACUCUGGUGGCCCCGUGGUGUGCAAUGGGCAGCUGCAGGGUGUGGUGUCCUGGGGCUAUGGCUGUGCCCAGAGGAACUAUCCUGGUGUCUACACUAAAGUCUGCAACUACAAUGCCUGGAUCCAAAACACCAUUGCUGCCAACUAAAUCCCAGAACAGUUA